ACAAAAAGUCGCCCCGACCUCGACUAAUCGUCACUGAGCCCAGAGCUGUAACCAAGGUCAACACUUAUUACGGCAGUGCCUUCCAUAUCAACGCUAUGCCUUUUGGACCUUUCGCCCUGCAAUGGCAAGCACCCUCUCCAAAUCCGCCAAGACCUUCGAUACCGCUCCCAGAUGGCAUCAGUCGCAGCUACAUCAACACAGCCUCCGGUCCACUCGAACUUCUGACCGCAUUACCCACUGAUGUCAAAUCUUCAAAACCACCCCUGUUGUUCGCCCACGGUGGCUUUGGCUGUGCUUCCAUAUGGCUCUCGUAUAUGACCUAUUUCUCUUCACGCGGCUAUCCUUGCUAUGCGAUCAGCUACCGAGGACACGGAAACAGCUGGUACCCCGGAUUCUGGAGGAUGUACUUCACUUCUCGUGGCACGAUGGCAGAGGAUCUCACCGCUGGAGUCAAGGAAGUGGAGAAGCUGGAGACAGAGAGGCAGCAUGCUGAGGAGAAGGUCCGAGUGGUCUUAAUCGCUCAUUCGGCAGGAGGCGCGCUGAGCCAGUAUGCGUUGAGCAGGGGAUUCGUGAUGGUACAAGGGUUUUGUAUGUUGGCAGCGGUUCCAGGGUUUGGAUCCUGGUCUGUCUACAAAUUCUGGGGCCUGACAGCACCGAUCCACUUCCCUUACCGGCUCUUCCACCCACGGUAUAUCCUCGCCACAACAAAGCAAGUCCACGACGCUUUCUUCACCGCCUCAACUCCAACAUCCGUGGUCAAGAAGCUCGAGUCCUUGCUGAGUCCGUAUGAGUCUAUGCUUUGGCCCAUGCAAGCACUCUUCCGCUUUGUCAGCGGAUCAGACGUCAUCAGCUCGAUAGUAGGCUGGGCUCUGAAGAAACAUCCUGGGACUGACAAACCUGCUAGCAUUGCACCGAGAUUUCUGGUGUUGGCAGGCGAGGAGGACGUGCUAUGUACGCCGAGUAUUCUGAAAGAUGCUGCGGAGAGAUAUAGUGCGGCUGUUCAUUUUUGCGUAAGGGUGGGCAGGAUAGAUUUGUCCGAGAGCGACAUCAUGUCUGUGACCGCUGAUAAGUGGGAUGGCGUCAGCUUCAAGAUCACACCAGGACUGGGUCAUCAUCUGCAAAACCAUGUUGAGUGGGAAAGGGGCGCAGAGGAGAUAUUGAAAUGGGCAGAGCAGCUGUGAGGCAUUGGUAAUACGCUGUCAAAUGUUCGAGGUUGUCACUGUCUCAAUCACAGAGCUUGGCCAUUGCUCAUUGUACCAUCACAUGUUCUGAAUAGUGUAGAGCAUAUGUGUCUUGUCGACACCU